UCUCUUUUUCCUACGUUGGUGUUUUUCGAUGAUCUGAAAAAAUAAUCGUGUGAAAAGUUAAAAUAUUGCUAAAAUAUAGUUGUUCAUAACAGAAUUGGUCCAUUGCACAUACAGACCAGUAUUUUCCUGGCCAUACCUUAAUAGUUCUGUGCUGUAAUUAAGUUAUAAAGCUGUUUUUGGAUACGCAAUAUGGGAAAUUCCGACUCAAAAUUGAACUUCCGCAAAGCCAUUGUACAACUCACCCAGAAGAACCAGAAAAUUGAUGACACCGACGAUCAAUUUUGGGACCAGUUUUGGUAUGGGCAUCAAACGUCACUAGAAGAUGUUUUCGCUUUAGUCACAUCAGCAGAAAUACGUAAUAUACGUAAUGAUAAUCCGGCAAAUUUGGCGACGUUGUGUUACAAGGCCGUCGAGAAGUUGGCCCUGGCCGUGGAUAACAGUUGUCGCACACAUGUGGAACAGCAGUGUGUGUUGAAUUGUGUGCGCCUAUUAAUUCGAAUAUUGCCGUACAUAUUCGAAGAUGAAAAAUGGCGAGAGUUUUUCUGGAGUAGUUUGCCUACACGCAAUACACUCACGUCUGCUAAUGCAGCGGAUAUUCUACGUGAAAAUUCGCCACGACAUCCGGGCCCACAACCUGUACCGUUGGCACAAUCAUUGAUAAAUGCACUCUGUGAUUUAUUAUUUUGCCCUGAUUUCACGGUGACUGCAACGCGCCGUGCGGGGCCCGACAAAGCGGAAGAAUUGGCUAAUAUCGAUAGCUGUGAGUACAUCUGGGAGGCGGGUGUUGGUUUCGCGCAUUCACCACCAAAGAAUACCAAUAUGGAAAAGCGACGCGCAGAAAUUUUAAAACUUUUGCUUACAUGCUUUUCGGAAACCAUCUACAGUUUAACAGAUGAGCCUAAUAGGUGGAUAGCUUACUUUACCUCGGCUGAUAAUCGUCAUGCGCUGCCUCUAUUCACCUCGCUGUUGAAUACAGUGUGUGCGUAUGAUCCAGUGGGCUUGGGCGUACCUUACAACCAUCUGCUAUUUGCAGACACCACCGAACCGCUUGUAGAGGCGUGCCUACAGAUGCUAAUAGUAACAUUAGAUCACGAUAUGAUUAUGCAUCAACAACAGCAGCUAGAGUUGCAACGACAAGUGCAAGGCCGUGCUGCAUCAUCUGCUGCACCGACGGUCAACUCGUACGAUGAUGGUUUCGGAGAUAAUUUGUUUAUCAAUUAUCUUUCACGUGUGCACCGUGAUGAAGACUUUCAUUUCAUUCUGAAGGGUAUAACACGAUUGCUGAACAAUCCACUUCUUCAAAAUUACUUACCAAAUUCGACGAAACGCCUACAUUGUCAUCAAGAGUUGCUUAUACUAUUCUGGAAAGUAUGCGAUUUCAAUAAGAAGUUUCUGUAUUUUGUGCUGAAAAGCUCUGAUGUUUUGGAUAUUCUAAUACCAAUACUAUACCAUUUAAACUACUCGCGCGCGGACCAAUCGCGAGUGGGACUCAUGCAUAUUGGAGUGUUCAUACUCCUGCUACUGUCAGGUGAGCGCAAUUUUGGUGUGCGUUUGAACAAACCUUACACCGCUACGGUACCCAUGGAUAUACCAGUUUUUACGGGCACCCACGCUGAUCUACUCAUAACUGUUUUCCAUAAAAUCAUAGCUACUGGUCACCAACGUCUACAACCGCUCUUUGACUGUCUACUCACUAUACUGGUGAAUGUAUCUCCUUAUCUAAAGACACUGUCAAUGGUGGCCAGUGUAAAGCUUUUGCAUUUACUAGAGGCCUUUAGCACACCUUGGUUUCUGCUGUCGGCGCCUAAUAAUCAUCACUUGGUUUUCUUUUUACUUGAAAUUUUCAAUAACAUUAUACAGUACCAGUUCGAUGGCAAUUCUAACUUGGUAUAUACAAUCAUCCGCAAACGACACGUAUUUCACGCAAUGGCAAAUCUGCCCUCGGACAUGGCUGGCAUCGCGAAAUGUUUAAGUGGGCGUAAAGUUGGUAAAUUUAAUAUACCACCCGUGCCCCACUCGAAUGCAGCGCAUAUAUCUGCUUUAAGCGGUCGUCAAUUGGAUGCUGAUAUUGAGGAUGAAGAGUGUGAAUCUGAAACGGAAUCGCAAGAUAAACAAAGUGAAACACAAGAGGAAAGUGCAAUGCCAGCAAUGCCUGCAGAGCCGGGUACAUUGAAGACAUCGCUAUUGGAAACGCCUGCCAUUAACCAAAUGACGGAACGCGAAGCCGCACAUCCUAGCACCGAAGACACGCAAACACCCACCAUUGAUGGAACCUCGGACAUUUCACAAUUUGAGCAGAUUAAUCUCACACCAACUAGUCCAAAUAGGCACGAUAUAUCGCGUCGUAGCAAUACUUCGCUCAAUUCAACCGAAGGCAAUUCCAUACCGAAAGAGAAUCAGUCGCGCCUCUCCGUUGCAACACGUGGCAGUAUACGUAUGGUGCCGAAUGCGUCGGUUGAUCAUUGGACGCCAACACCAGAAUGGAUCGUAUCGUGGCGUUCGAAAUUGCCAUUGCAAACGAUUAUGCGACUAUUGCAGGUGCUGGUGCCACAAGUGGAGAAGAUCUGUAUUGAUAAGGGUUUGACAGAUGAGUCGGAAAUAUUGAAAUUUCUACAACACGGCACACUGGUGGGCUUACUGCCAGUUCCACAUCCCAUACUUAUACGAAAGUAUCAGGCGAAUGCUGGCACAACCGCCUGGUUUCGAACCUACAUUUGGGGUGUGAUAUAUCUACGUAAUGUAGGUCCCUCUAUAUGGUAUGAUACGGAUGUGAAACUUUUCGAAAUUCAGCGAGUCUAAAUUGGCACUGAUGGUCAAUCUUAGUAAGUGUCUACAACUAACUAGGGUGCAAAUGGGAUAACUAUAGACAUUUUUGUGAUUUAUAUUUUUAUCACAUACAUAAGUUUGCAUUCCAAAAAUGGUUUGAAGUCAAAGGCGACUGUAGUAAUUAUAAUUUAUUAGCAUUUUAAGUAUACAAUGCCUGAGAUUUUGACAUUUGAUUUUUGCAAUUUAUGAACUUAUUUUGAAGCUUUAUAGUGUGUAAUUUUAGGAGUAUCCAAGAGUUUUAUCUUUUGCUCUUAAUUGUUUAGUAGCUACUGCUUGUAAAUAAAAUAAAAUGACAAUUCCUUUAAAGUUGUAAGUGUAUUGGUUAAACAAAUAAUCAAAAAUUAUUAAUAGCAGCUAGAGAUAUGUAUAUGUAUGUGCUUUUAAUUUAUUUCUGUUCCCGUCAGUUAUUAAUUACAGUUAAACGUAUCAAUUAAUGAAAACGAAAGUUAUGUUAGAAAAUCUUACUUAUAUAAUAUUAAUAAAAUGAAUUUAUGCUAAAAAUAUGUAAACGUAACCUAAACUAUGAAGUACCCUACUAAAUAUUAUAUAAACAUGCGUUCACGUAUACAAAUUAUACCAACCUACAUGCAAACGGAAGUUCUUAUAUAAAAUAAAAUUCUGCUAAAUA